GCCGUGAUGACGUCACGCCGUAGGGCCUGUGACGCGCGGCGCUGCUGUGGAGCGCCUGGUGUGUCGCCGUGAGUCGGUCAUGUACCGGACACCGAUGCGCCGCGGCUUUUCCCCGGACUCCCCGGCCUCGUUCCGGGACAGUCCGCACUCCCCGCCCCGGCACCGCUCUCCCAGCAGGCGCGGCCGUUCUCCUGACAGACACAGCCGCUCCCCCGGCCGCCAUGGCCGCUCCUCUGAGAGACGAGGCCGAUCCCGGUCCCGCUCCAGGCACCGCUCCCGCUCCAGACCCGGUGGCCGUGCGGGCCGCUCCAAGUCCCGGGGCCGUGCGGGCCGCUCCAAGUCCCGGGGCCGUGCGGGUCGCUCCCGCUCCAAGUCCCGGGGUCGUGCGGGCCGCUCCCGCUCCAGACCCCGCCGCUCCCGCUCCAGACCCCGCCGCUCCCCGUCCCCAUAUUCCCGGCGCCGCUCCCCUGGGGACCCCUACCGGUACGAAGGCCACAGGAGCGACCAGCAUCGGCGCUCCCCCAAUUACCGCUCCAAUCCAGCUGGUGACCACCGUCCUCUGGCCAGCACAAAUGACAGAGCCGGCAGUAUAAAGUCGUUUGGCCAUGAUUCCUCGCCCCAUGUCUACCAGAGCUCCAGUGACUCCCACGCCUCGCCGCUGCCCAUGCCGAAGUCCAUCCUGAAGAAACGCGCGGAUAUGGAGCCCUCCAGCGGUGACCAGUCUUCUCAGGUUGAUGGCUUUUCAAGCAACAAAGCUGUGAGCAGUUCAAGCUCCGCGGGGGCGGGAAAUGGCACAGAAAAUAUCUUGACCACAGAAAGCACCUCCAGCUCUUCUGCUCCAGCAAAUGCACAGAAUGCCGAGUCUCCAGUUCCACAUGGCAGUACUCUGCCUAUGACUGCACAAACAAGCUGGGCCCUGAACAAGAGCGUGGAGAGUGGUAUGAAAGGAAGUGUCCCAGAUGUAACCCCUCCAUGUGAGCAGAACGAAGGUCCUAAGGGAAACCAGUUCUCCUCCACUCUAGGAGACCUCAUUUUUAGCAAGAGCACCCCCAAAUCUCACAUUGAUCCUUUUUGCAAUGUGAAUACCUUCUCUGAGAAUAAGGAGGGCGUCCAAAAGGGGGCAGACGAGCAGGACAGCAAACCUCUGCAUUCAAAGCAGCGAAGCUCCUUUGAAAUUGAGGAUGAGGAGCUGUUCCUGUAUGGGGAGGAGGAGGAUAAGAAGGCAGAUCCUCAGAAGGCUCCUUCUGGGCAAACAGCCUCCACUCCAGGAGACAAGAGCUCCCAGAACAAACAAGAGUUUGAGAAGAUCCAUGACCUUCUGAAGACCAUCGGCCUUGAUAUUGGCGUUGCUGAAAUUGGUAAACUUGCUGUCCGAACGCAAGAGAGGCUUCAUGGAAAGAAAUUGCCACCCAAGAUGUCGCAGCCUGCACAGAGCGCAGCCGCCGCCAGCACUGCCGAGCCCAAGGCUAAAGUCUCCGAACCCGAAGUCAAAACUGAAAAGAAAGAAAAAGCGGAAGCAGAAGCGGCGGAAAAGACUGAGCCACCCAUAAAACCUGCUCCUAAGGAGCCAACACCACCAGCAACGCACCCGAGCCCUGCCCACAAACCAAAACUUAUAUUGCGCAAGUCUUUACCUAAUGAGACUACUGCAGAGCCGAAAGCAAACAUCCCCGCCCAGACCCCCACCACCAUUUCUGUUCAGCCCCCCAUCCCGGUGCCCAAUCCCACACCUCCCCCAAUGAGUCCCUCCCAGAUGCCUGUCUAUUCCCCAUACCCGCACUCCCCAAUGGUCCCUGCAUAUAACAUGCCACCUCCAAACUACAAUCCCUAUUCUCCCUAUGUAUCAUAUCCCACAUCCAGCUGGAGCAUGUAUUCCCCAAUGCCCCCCCAGCCCUCACCCCCUCACAUGCCGACACUGGCGCCUCAUGUCCCUGUCUGUACAUCCGCCUCCACGUACAACCCCCGUAGCAACCUGCGCUUCAUUGAAACUACUGCAGAUAUUUCUGAUGUCAAAUCCCCUGUCAAAAGUGACACCAAACCCACAACUCCGAUUGCAGCGUUCCUGGCGAAACAGGAAGCCGACCGCAAAAACAAAGAAUCGGAGAAACUGAAAGUCUUGGAGGAGCUGGACUCUGUCAGGAAAGAGCACAAAGUCAAGAGUGAGAGCCUGAAGACCCUCAGCAUCAAGGUGGAGCAGCUGCGUGUCCAGCAGGGUAUACUUCUGCGGAAGAAGCGACGGGAGAAGGACGGACACAAGGACCCUCUACUGGAUGAACUGAAUAAUGUUUUGGAAAGUGCCCAAAAGCAGAUUCACUCCUUGCGUGAGGAGUAUAGCACGACAAAACAGAAGCAACAGCAACUCACCAAGGUGGCAGAGAUCCUGGGCGUCAGCCCUUCUGAACUGGCUGAGAAGAGUGACCCUAAGAAAGAGGAGAGGAGCCCAGGGUCUGUUGAACCGACCAGGGACUCUGAUGAGUCAAGAACCAGUAUUGACUCCUCAAAGUCUGCAAAUGACUUGAAGACCAGCAGUGAACCAGUGUCUAAGGUUGAUGCUAAAGCCAAGAGCGACUCCAAAUCUGGAGCUGAGACAAAGUCAAAUGGUGCUGCCUACUCAUUCAAAGUCACUGAGAAGUCAGAAGAUGUCAAAUGUGAAGGCACACAGCCCAUGCCAAGCCCUGACCCUAAGAACUCUCCAGAGCCCCACUCACCUUACUUGUCAAAGUCUGAGGAGGUUUCAAAAUCGCGAGACAAGUCGCGGUCAAAGAGCCCACGACCCUGUCCAACUUCCUCCAAGACACCCCCUCAGUCUGAGGAACCUCAACUCUUUAGUUUAUCUGAAAUCUUUGAAUAUUAUGAUUCUGGCUCACAUUGGUGUGAGAAUUGUAACGCAAUCUGCAUGACGCUGCCCGAAUUCCUGCUGCAUUUGCAUGAUAAGAAGCACAGCCAGUGUGUAAAAGCGGUGAAGCAGCCGUGGGUGAAAGCGAAAGUUCAGGAAUCGGGAACCACAAAGAAGCAGAAAGUGAAUAUUCCUCUGAAAGGUUCGGAGUUCCUGUUGCCAGUUAACGGCUACUAUUGUGAACUGUGUGAGGAGCUGUUCCCAGAUCAUACUGCAGCCGAAGAGCAUCUAAGAGCUUAUGCCCACAAUGACAAGUACAAGAAACACACUGAUGUGCACACGAAUUAUGAAACGGCUCGCCGUGAGAGGAAGAGGGUGAGCUUAAUUGCUGCACAGGAGGUGUCUCGUAAACAGGCAGAGCAAAAACGCAAAAUGACAGAGCAGAAACGUGAAGCCCAUGAGCACAGCAAAUCUAAGAAGGCAAAGAAAGAAGAUGAAGACAGAAAGGCCAAAAGCAAAAGUUACUCAUCGGCCUCUCCCUCCUCCUCAGACCGGAGGCGGAAUAAGACACCUGAAAAGGAGCCUUCAAAGAACUCAUUUGGAAAGUUUGUCUGGAAAAGCUCAGAAAGCAAAACCCCAGCAGCGGUCAGCUCUUCCAAAGUGGAUGCUACCUCGACUAAACCAAAGGAUGAAGAGCCCAAAGCUAUUAGUUUGAAGCCAAAGGGUUUUGCAAUAAAACUCCUUGGUAAAUCCAGUGCCCUGCCUGGAAAUGCCUUGUCCCCUUCACAUUCAGCGGCCUCCACAACUAUUACAUCUACUGCUUCCACUGUCUCCUCAACAUUUACUUCUCAAUCCACUCAUACUUCCAGUGCACAAACUAAAAUCCGACCCAACCUGCCUAGUCUCGUGAAUAUGCGCUCAGCAACCCCUCUGGUUACAAUGAGUAAACCUGCUCCACUAGACACAUUCUUAUCUAUAAGGUCUUCAAGUGCAACAUCAAAAUCUAUCCCUAUAGUGAAGAACAAACCUUCGGGAGUCUUCCCAGAGGACCUGGUCUCGAAAGCCUUUGGAGGAGAAGUGGUGAUACUUAAAGAAAGCACACAACCAGAUUCCACAGCUAAAACUGAAAAGGAGCAUGAGAGGACAGUUGGGUCGAGUCCGAAAGCUUUGCAGACACCUAAAGGACAAGACUUGUUCAAUGUUCUGAUUAGUAAAAAGGAUACUGUAGAAAAUCAAGAGGCCAAGAGUGAAAAAGAAAGUUCAGUCCCUAAGCAGCCUGUGAGUUCAUCUCCCCAGAAAUCUGAUCCUGUCCCCACCAGCACUCAACAUAAAACCCACAGUGCUCCCACCAAACCAGCUCAGAGCCCAGGACCUACAACAGUUCAGCAGACACAGAUCAGCAAGUCUGUUCCAAAUUCUGGUUCAUCUACAGCUAGCAUCUCAGCAUCUGUUAAAUCGUCCAUAAACAGCUCAACCAACAGUUUAUUUAAACUUGCUAAAUCAGAUAGCCCGGUCAACUCCACUAACCAACAGACUGCUAAAGCUGGACAUACACCCACCAGAGAAGAAAGCAGAGUCCAGCAGUCUCAAGAAGAAAAUAGUAAACCGGAAAAGGAAACACCUCAGAAUGUUAAGGCCUCCACAUUUUCUAUGAACCCUCUGACUGGUCGGCUGGAAUAUAUACCUGUACAACAAACUAAAGUCAUUGAUACAAAUGUCCAAAAAUUGCCAGAACCCAAACACACACCAACAGCAGUUACUCAUGUCAGCAAUGUCCAAGUAAAGAAACCAGUGCCUGCCAGUCCAGUACUUGCUGUACCUAAGACAAAAUUCAUUGUUAACAACACUACCAAACUCAACCAGAAAUUUAAGAAAGCUCCAUUGUACCUUCCCAGCUCUUUGUUUGGCCAUGUACAAGAUGCAGGGUGUAAGGACAUAAAAAUCUCGUCAGUAGAAUCCCAGAAGAGCAAUAACAGAGCAGGCAAAUCUGAGAGUCCACUGCUUCCAUCUCCACAGAAGCACAUGUUCUCCAGCUCAUCUGCUAAGCCAAUUCCUGUCAACUUCAGCACCAUGCAACAGGAACUUGACUCUUAUUACAAGUCAAUUGGAUCUGAGGAUGAUCCUGAAGACUUGACCACGUCUGAAGACCAAGAUUUAGAAUCUGGCACUACACCAGCCGAUGUGGCUAAUGCUCCUCUCCAACCAAGUCCACCAGAGAAGAAAGUAAAAUUAGAAAACACCCUACCUCCUGUGAAAGCAUCAGUCAAACUACUUGCACCUGAAGUUUCUUGUGAAGAUGUCGAUGAGUCAGACAUGGCAUGUGAAGUUCCUGAGGGUCCAUUGAGUUCUGCGUUCCAAACCUCUGGGUGGAACUUCAUGCGUGCUAGUUAUGCAUCAAACCAAAUCCAUGGGAGCAGCAACCAACGGCCGUGGAGUUUGGCAUCUGGAAAUUUUUCAGUUAACAAAGAUCAAUCAAAGACAACACAAGUGGCCACAGUGGCCCCUCCGGAAAAUUCCAUGGAAGAUCUAUCUGUGUAUGUCACGUGUGAUUCAGAUUAACAUCUCACAAAGGGGAAGACCAUCCCUCCGACCUGCCUAAGGUGAAGGCUAUGAAAUAUCUAGGCCGGGAUACUAGCGACUGCUCUAGAGUUGUUUUUGUGAUCUAUUCCCUGAUGAUCGGUAGUGAGGAGCUGUAUACACUUUAUUUAGUGAGCAUGGAUUCUCCAUCCUGUCUCCUCAAACACCCUGUUGGGCCAGUAAUGCUCCUAUAAAUCUUUACAUCUGUUGGGAGCACUGGUCUGAUGCAGAGUGAACAUAUACCUGUCAGGGCUCUGCUUCUGUCCCUCAUAGGGGUGAGUUACCCCCUUAAUGAUAUGGUUUCUUGCCUGAUGUUCAGAAACUAUGGUGGAGCAGAAUUGUCCAUGCCAUGUGCACCCAUGGCCUGAGAUCCUAAUGAGGUUGUAAAUAUGUCCUGUUGUAUUUUUGCUUGUACAUUCCAUUAUAGUUUCAUAUGUGUGCGAGAGUUGUGCACUCGGUCAGGGGUGUCUCGUCACUGUUGUAAUGACAUAAAUGUGUUUCUGUGUUGAAUGUUUGCAGUGUUACUUGUGUUCUGUAAUCACUUGUAACAAUUCUCCCCGAGGAACAUGAAGAUGGAGCCUGGAAGACCAGUCCGGGUAAGAAAUGUUCUGUACAUACUGACCCAGUUGUGGGGUCGCUGCUUCUUGUGUUUUUUAUUUUCUCUUUUUCAGUCUGUUGUAUAGUAUAAAUAUGAAGAAGAUGUGGAGGACAACCUCGUCGUUGUAAUGUCUCCUGCCCCACAAGUGUUGCUGUAAUCCAGGACUGCUACAGAUCCUGAUCAUUUCAAUAAAAGUCUUUUCCUCUUA